AUGGAAUCAAUCGUGUAUGAGAACUCGCCUUUGGCCGAAUAUUUGGAAGGGGAGGGUGGAAACGAAGAAAGUUGGCCCGUGGAGGAGAAUCAGAGCGACGAUGAUCAUACCCGUUCCUCCGACUUCGCCCCUCGAGGGGCUUCCAAAUUUCAGGAUCGCGUUAGAAACAAGCUACCGAAGCCUCUCAAUCUACGAGGCACACCGCAGGGGGAACUCAUCGGGAAACUAUAUGGCUCUUGCUCAUCCGCCCUGAACGUCCGACUACCACGAAGCGAUAAUAAACGAUUUUUGGAACAAUUUGGCUACGUCAUUGUCGCAUCGCAACUGUUGAACGAACACAGCGCUCCUUCCUACACUUCUGCUGCAGAUGUCUUAUCUGCAAAACAACCUUCGGAUCUUCCGUCGCUAUCUACAACUUUUGGGGUUCAAGGCGCCAUUGUCACAGCUGCCACAUCAUUUUCUAUCGCUUGGUUGCUACAUUGGAGCCGUUCGAGGACUGGGUCGGGAUUCAGUCUCAAGAAAGUUGGAGUGCUAUUGAUACUUGUGCCCGCUGUCGGUGUCUUUUUCUAUGCUUUCGCAAAACGGCAAUGGUUGAAAUAUCUCCGGCACCAGGCUGUUGAGGCAGCUGGCGCUUUCAUUGGAAACGCCCAGGGGUUUGAUUCUGCUGCGUCGGCUUCUGUGGUCUUUAUCCAGGAGGUUGAACUUGUAUCAAGAGGCUAUCGGAUAAGCACUCCUCUACCGCCCAUCAGUCGGCUGGAAGAUCUAGUACAAACGCGACGAUGCUUGAGAUUGCGCCGAGCGGUUUCCGAAUGCUUCUACUCUAUGCUCGAGCGAUAUAUUCAAUCCCAGAACACCUUACGCCCACUUACCGAUGAGGGCGAUCUUGCGAAGUAUUACGACAUUUAUGACAUUGGACUGGAAGAACUUGAAGCGGUUGAGGCAUCCCUGUCGCAGCGAACUAACGAAGACCAGUAUUCAUUACGCUCUCUAAGGGAUCUAUUUGGAAAACUGUACAGUGUGAGAAAAAGCGUUCUGUGCUGCUUGCUAGCCCUUAGCGCCGAUGGGGGUGGCUCCGAUAUUACUCGGUGGAGUUCAGCUGUCGAGGAAAUGCGUGAGCUAGCUGCGGCCACCGGCAACAGCAUGCUGAAAAUGACAGCAAUCUUAAAUGAGGAGGACCGUGAUAUCAUCCCUCCAUCUCCAUUACCUUCCGCCUCACCAAGCAAGGAUCACCUGCGUGCUCAAUUUCGACGGCUCACCUCUUUGUCACAAGGGGUCCGUGCCUUGCAUGCUAAAAUGCACAUUGCCAGCGAGGAGUCACAUGCCAAUUUAGAACGCGCAGAUCCUGAGUUCGAAGCAACCCUCCUCUCACAAUAUGAUUCGGUUGGAAAUGAUCUUAGGGCUCUUCUCCACGAAUGGGAAGCUGGUAAAGCCGCAUUGGCAAACCAACACGAUCGCCUUAGUGCCGGGGAUCGCUCGCGACCGCCAAGUACUUUCUUACCCAUGUCCCCCACACCCAGUCUGGGAGGAUCCACGGCAGUUGAGGGCAGCCCAACGGAUGCACUGAAAGCCUUAACUGGCGAGGGCCGGCCGGAUCUGACCCAGACCUAUGAUGACGAGGAAAUUUUCGAAGCUGUUGUAUUGCCGGCCUCGAGAAACAAAAGAAUGUCUUUGUCAAGAGACGAGCGUCUUGCACGUGUACGAGAAGACCGUGCCAGACAGGCGAUUGCCAGAGAAAAGGUAGAUGCCAUGUUGGAAGCACGAUUGGAACAAGCAAGCCUUCUGAAGCGCGUCGUCGACGCCAUUAAGGAUCUUGUCCAGGACUGCAACUUCGAUUGCAAUGACUCCGGAAUCGCCCUCCAGGCCAUGGACAACUCGCACGUUGCCCUAGUUUCCAUGCUGCUCCGUGCCGAGGGUUUCUCUCCCUACCGCUGCGAUCGUAACAUCGCCCUCGGCAUCAACUUGCUCUCCCUGACCAAGGUCCUCCGCGCCGCCCAGAAUGAAGACAUCCUGACCCUCAAGGCUGAGGACUCGCCCGAUUCCGUCAACCUGAUGUUCGAGAGUCCAGACACAGACCGACUGAGCGAGUAUGACAUCAAGCUCAUGGAUAUUGACCAGGAGCAUCUGGCCAUCCCUGAGACUGAGUACUCCGCCAGCGUGGAGAUGCCUUCUGCUGAGUUCCAGCGCAUCUGCAGAGAUCUCAACGCGCUGUCCGAGUCAGUCGUGAUCGAAGCCAGCAAGGAGGGUGUCAAGUUCUCCUGCCAGGGUGAUAUCGGUAAUGGAUCCGUCACCAUCCGCCAACACACCAACGUCGACAAGCCAGAGCAGAACGUCGUCAUUAACCUCUCCGAACCCGUCGCCCUGACCUUCUCCCUCAAGUACCUCGUCAACUUCUGCAAGGCUUCCAACCUGUCUUCAUCUGUCGUGCUGCACCUCUCUGAUGAAGUGCCGCUGCUUGUGGAGUACGGUCUGGGAAGUGGCCACCUGCGAUUCUACCUGGCUCCUAAGAUCGGUGACGAAGACUAA